AUGUGCCAACAACAGCAAACUUUGCCGCAUCACGCCUGGCUGUAUCGACACACCACGCUCGUGAUGCAAGAACUCGUUGAAAACGUCGAAUGUUACGUGCCCGGCGGCUAUCAUCCAACUGAUAUUGGAGACACCAUCGCGAACGGCCAGGAUAGCUACACUGUCGCCCAUAAGCUUGGACACGGGGCCUACUCCACUGUCUGGCUGGUCAAGAGACAGCGCAAACACUGUGUCGGCCAACAAGACCCUCCUCCAGUCUCGUUCCACGCCCUCAAGAUCUUUCGGUCAAAUAUAGGUAACAUGCGCGGCGAUAACGAGCUGCACUUCCUCCAACGCCUCGGUCAAGUAGGCAAGUUUGGUCACCCAAACAUCGCCAUGGUCGAGGACUCAUUCACUAUCUUGGGCCCCAACGGCCAGCAUCAGUGCCUCGUCUCCCCCGUCCUCGGAUUAACCCUUCAUUCAAUCAGCACAAAGAACGCCGUCGCCUUUCUUCACUCUCACGGCAUUUGCCACAGUGACCUGACGCUUUCACACAUAGCAAUCGCUAUCCCAGAUAUACAGUCCGUUUCCGAAAGCCGGCUUCUAGAGCUCCUGGGCCCAAUCAAAGACGAGCCGCUUCGGCUCCGCAAAGGCCCUGUGCCACGCUCCAAACACGGCCCAAAGAGAGUAGUUGCGGCUGCGUCCUUUUCCGGGCCCGACCUUUCAUCGUUGACAAGCAUCCGGGUUAUCGACUUUGGCUGCGCCUUUCUCAGCUCCAGCCCGCCACCGACCCUGGGAUGCCCCGUUGACUUCUUUCCACCGGAGCUCCUAUUCGGUUACCCAGCCACGACCCACUCCGAUGUCUGGCAACUCGCAGCGCUUCUUUACUACAUCUACGCCAACCACUACAUGUUCCAGUCCGGCUUGCAGAUCUACACUCUGCUCGUUCGUUUUAUCGUUCAGCACUACGGCCCAGUCCCGAGUAAUUGGAGGGGAAAGUAUUGGUAUAAUGGUGAGAUGUCGGUGGUCUGCUUUGAGGAGUUUUUCGCCGAGGGGGCUUCUUACCUCUCGGCAGUGCAGCGGGACGAGCUAACGCGUUUGCUCCGUGACAUGGUGACGUGGGAACCGAGCCGACGCAUUUCAGCAGCGGAAGCACACCAGCGCCUUCAGUCUCCAGCCCUGUCCUCUAUGCAGUGA